CCUAGUUCUUCUGUAUUUAAUGUGACUGUUUUUCUUAUUUCCUUGUUUUUAUUAUAAGGAUUUUUAUUGGGUUUAUUUUAGAUAAGUGUUAUUUGCCCAUCUAUGGUUGAUCACCCAGCCUACUGAAUAAUGGAAGUGUUUUCAGAGAAAUUCACUAUUAUAUCUUGAUCCCUAUAAACAUUUUCUUCUUUAUUUCUUCCGUGUUGGGUCAUGCAGACUGAGUUGGGAACCUUCUGAGGAACACCUCUUUCAAAUGGAAGCUGCCAAAGCACCAUGGCUCAGAAACCAGACCUAUUUCACCUUGCAAGGGUUCUCCCACCUUGCCACCCUUCAGGUCUUCCUCUUUGAGGGAAUCUUUCUGAUGUUCUUGAUCACAAUGACAGGGAACAUUCUCAUCAUUGUAAUUACAACCACUGACCCUGCCUUGCACACUCCUAUGUACUAUUUUCUCAAAAACUUGUCUUUGAUUGAAAUUUGCUUUUCAUUAAACAUAGUGCCCAAGAUGCUUGUAGAUUUGUUGUUGGAGAGAAAGGUCAUCUCUUUCUUUGCCUGUGCCCUGCAACUUUACUUUGUCAUAUUCUUUGUCACUUCUGAGUGUUUUCUCUUGGGUGCCAUGGCAUAUGACCGAUACAUGGCUAUAUGCCAUCCCUUGCAUUAUGCCACCACAAUGAACAGGAGAGUGUGUCUUCAUAUGGUCAUUGCAUGUUGGGUUUCUGGUAUGCCAUUUGCUGUAGGACUUACUGGUUGGCUAUUUAGCUACCCUUUUUGCAGCCCAAAGGAGAUUGAGCAUUUCUUCUGUGAUAUUUCCCCCAUUCUGGACCUGGUUUGUUCAGACACAUACUUAUUUGAGCUUCUUGUGUUCAUUGCCACUGUUAUAAUUGUUUUGAUCCCAUUUAUCUUGAUAGCAGCAUCUUACAUCCAGAUAAUCUGUGCCAUCCUCCGAAUGCCAUCCGCUGAAGGAAGGCACAAAGCUUUCUCUACCUGCAUUGCUCACCUUGUGGUGGUGACACUGUUCUGUUGCACAACUGGGGUGAUCCAUUUAAAGCCAAAGUCCAGUCUUUCGCUAAACAGCAAGAAAUUGGUGGCUCUUUCUUACACAGUAGUAACUCCUAUGCUGAACCCAAUCAUCUACAGCUUACGGAACAAAGAAGUAAAAAAUGCUCUGAGGAAGACAUGUGGAAGGAGACAGUUCUUCAGCAAGAUGUCUCUGCCCAGAUAG